GUAUAUAUAUUCCACCAAUAUACGUAUGAAUAAAAUAAUUUAUUAAAUAUUGAUUUUAGCAAAUAUUAAAAAACGUUCUUUGUGCAAAUAUUUUUAUAUAAAUAAUAUUUUUGCGUUACCUUGUGAAAUAUUAGUUGGUUUAGCUAAAAGAGAUCGGUUGGAACUAAUUUGAACUUGAAAAAAAGAACUAAAGGAUAUUAGCGACAUCUACAGACAAUAGGAACUUAUUUGAAAUUAUUUUGCUAGUAAAGUUUUGGCCAACCUGCUUCACUUGAUCGAACGAGGAUGAAUUAAUAACCUAAACUUUAGGUUUGAUUGGCUUUUAGAAAAGUUUUACAUCUUUAAUUUGAUAUAUCAUAUGUAUAUCGUUGACAAAACUAUAUCAUAAUACGACGUAACAAUAUAAUCAAAAAAAAAGAUGAAACAAAUUUUAUGUGGUAGAUUAGGGCACAGUGUCUUACUUGUAUCAAAAUCCUCUAAAUAUCCAAUAUCCAAAAUCACUACAAGAUGUUUAAUGUCCGGAAAGAUAAGCAGAGUGUGCAGGCCGUUAUUGGCAUCUCCACAUUUACGUUACUUCGCAAAUCCUAAUCGUGGUUAUGCCAUGGUAAUUGCUAGAAUAUUAAGGGGAGCAUUAAAAAUACGUUAUAUACUAUUAGGUGGUGCCUUGGGUGGUGGAGUUACGUUACAAAAAAAAUAUGAACAAUGGAAAGAAGCUUUGCCGGAUAUGACUUGGAUAGAUACUUUAAUUCCUACCGAACAGCAAUGGCAAAAGUUCCGUGGUUCAUUGUUGGAUGUAAAAACUAAAUUAGCUAAUAAGAUCGAAAUAGAUCCACGUAUAAAGGAAUUGGGGGAGGCAAAAUAUCAUGAGUACAGGAGAUGGUUUGAACAAAGAUUGGAGAAUGCUGUUAAAGCAGCAGAAGAGAGAGCAUUGCGAGAUAACGACCAAGAAUCACCUACACGUGUAAUUGACGCAAUCACAUCGAUAGCAAACCAAGUUUAUUCAGAAGCAAAAGAUGAAUUAUCAAAAAGUGCAGUUGCUUUUGCCCGUCCAUUAUCUAAUGAGAAUAUGGAAGAAGAACGCAAGAAAGCUCAAUCGUCGCAACAGAGACUGGAUGCUAUGCAAGAUGAAUUAAUGCAAAUGCAAUUAAAAUAUCAACGCGAACUUGAAAGAUUAGAAAGAGAGAAUAAAGAAUUACGUAAACAAAUGUUAUUGAGAGGAAAUCAGAAAGUAAAUAAUAGAAAAAUAAAGAAAUCCCUGAUAGACAUGUACAGUGAUGUUUUGGAUGAAUUAAGCGAAUAUGAUAGUGCUUAUUCGACUGCUGAUCAUCUACCUAGAGUAGUAGUUGUAGGUGAUCAAAGUUCAGGUAAAACAUCGGUACUGGAAAUGAUCGCUCAAGCAAGAAUAUUUCCAAGGGGUGGUGGUGAAAUGAUGACGCGUGCACCAGUCAAAGUUACCUUAAGCGAAGGGCCGUAUCACAUCGCACAGUUUAAAGAUAGUUCUAGAGAAUUUGAUUUAACUAAGGAAUCAGAGUUAGCUGAUCUUAGACGAGAAGUUGAAGUACGUAUGAAGAAUAGCGUAAAAAAUGGGAAAACAGUUAGUCAAGAUGUUAUUUCUAUGACGGUAAAAGGACCUGGUCUUCAGCGCAUGGUAUUAGUUGACCUUCCUGGUAUUAUUAGUACAGUUACUGUUGAUAUGGCAGAAGAUACUAAAGAUGCUAUUCGACAAAUGACUCAGCAAUACAUGAGUAAUCCCAAUGCUAUAAUCCUAUGUAUUCAAGAUGGUUCGGUUGACGCAGAAAGAAGCAAUGUAACGGACCUUGUUGCUCAAAUGGAUCCUAGUGGAAAAAGAACUAUCUUUGUUUUAACCAAAGUAGAUAUGGCAGAAGAAAAUUUAACUAAUCCAGAAAGACUAAAGAAAAUAUUGCAAGGAAAAUUAUUCCCAAUGAAAGCUUUAGGAUAUUUUGCUGUUGUAACUGGUCGCGGUAGACAAGACGAUAGUAUACAAACAAUUAAAGAUUAUGAAGAAAAAUUCUUUAGAAAUUCCAAACUUUUUAAAGAUGGCUUGGCAAUGUCAGGUCAAGUAACUACCAGAAAUUUGAGUUUGGCAGUAGCUGAAUGUUUUUGGAAAAUGGUAAGGGAAACGGUAGAGCAACAAGCUGACGCUUUCAAAGCUACUAGAUUUAAUUUAGAAACCGAAUGGAAAAAUAAUUUCCCAAGAUUACGCGAGUUGGAUAGAGACGAACUAUUCGAAAAGGCCCGCGGUGAAAUUUUGGAUGAAAUUGUGAAUUUAUCUCAAGUCUCGCCUAGACAUUGGGAAGAAGUUCUGAUGGUACGAAUUUGGGAAAAAGUUAGUAUGCACGUAUUUGAAAAUAUCUACUUACCUGCGGCACAAAGUGGUGGUCCAGGUACAUUUAAUACAACCGUCGACAUUAAAUUGAAGCAAUGGGCGGAUCAACAACUUCCAGCACGUAGCGUUGAAAGCGGUUGGGAAUGUUUAGAACAAGAAUUUCAACAUUUCAUGGCACAAGCUCGAUUGAAUCCUGAUCACGAUAAUAUAUUUGAUAAUUUAAAGAAUGCGGUGGUGAGCGAGGCGAUGAGAAGACAUUCGUGGGAAGAAAAAGCAUCUGAAAUGUUACGAGUUAUUCAACUGAACACUUUGGAAGACAGAAGUAUAAACGACAAACGAGACUGGGAUCAAGCUGUACGAUUUUUAGAAACAUCUGUUAAAGAAAAAUUACAAAGUACCGAACAAAUUUUACGAGAUAUGUUAGGCCCUAAUCGUAAGGAACGUUGGUUUUAUUGGCAAAGUCAAACUGAGGAACAACAAAAACGGACUGCAGUGAAAAAUGAAUUAGAUAAGAUACUUUACACCGACAAAAAACAUCCACCUACACUCAGUCAGGAUGAGCUUACAACCGUUAGAAAAAAUUUGCAACGCAAUUCCUUGGAAGUAGAUAAUGAAUUUAUACGUGAAACUUGGCAUCCGGUUUACAGAAGAUUUUUCUUACAUCAGAGCUUAACCAGAGCUUAUGAUUGUAGAAAGGGUUAUUAUCUUUAUCACACUGGUCAUGAAACUGAAAUGGAAUGUAACGACGUGGUACUAUUCUGGAGAAUUCAGCAAGUAUUAAAAGUAACUUCGAACGCGCUCAGACAGCAGAUAAUAAAUCGCGAGGCUCGUAGGUUAGACAAGGAAAUCAAAGAGGUUUUAGAAGAUUAUAGUCAAGAUAACGAAAUGAAGAUCAAAUUGCUCACAGGUAGACGUGUCACGUUAGCUGAAGAAUUGAAACGCGUUAGACAAAUUCAAGAAAAAUUAGAAGAAUUUAUCCAAGCGUUGAAUAAAGAAAAAUGAAGCGAACAAUGAUGGAAAAGAAAGAUUAUUAAACUAUCAAAUGCUGCGCUAUCUGUGAGAAGAUAUUAUUCGACGUCUAUUCUCUAUUAUAUGAUUUAAUUUAUUUGUAGUACUAAUAAGAAGACGUGAAAAGGGCAUGCACGCUAGGGGAAUACAAAAAGAAUGUACUUCGUGCGAAGAAAUCAGAACGAAGAACUUCAUCGAUCGUCGCAUAUUCAUUCUUGCGCAGUUCUUAUCAUCGAUAAGAUUCACGAAUUCAAUUCAACUACGCAAUAUAUGUAUAAUAUAUAUGUGCGAGAUAUAUUCGAUAUAAGGAAAAAAGAAAAAAAAAAAAAAUAAUAACUACGUGAAAGCGAACGUCAAUAGAGCUUUUGUACAUUGUUGUUAAAAGGAGAGAAGCGUGAAAUCCAAUCGAACGAUAAUCUGCUUAAACAAAUAUUUUUAUUUCAAACCAUUCAUCACAUGAUAUCCGUCAUUAUACAUCGUAGAUAUAUAAGAAACAAAAUUGUCCCGUUAUAAAUGGAAACAUACCAAGGCAAAAAUAAAUUACUAAAAUACUACGUGAUAGUAAGAUAUUCUCAAUAUAUAUAAAUAAACGAAUCAAUUAUUCA